ACACACACACAUGCCACACACAGCACACACAGCACACACACACACAGCACUCACAGCACACACACUCAUGCACACUACAUCCUCUUCCACACCUGGGCUGCCAGUGACUACACCUGUUGACAAUGUUACCCCUCCCCCCCUCUCUCUCUCUCCUCCUCUCUCUCUCUCUCUCUCUCCUCCUCUCUCUCUCUCUUUUUCUCCUUCUCUCUAUCCCUCUCUCUCUUCAUCCACGGCCCUUUCUGACUCCACUCAGCCUAGUUCUAAACCCCGCCCAUUUGACCCCACUGUGACCCCUGACCAGAACUUUAGGGUCAUCACCUUGGUAACUCGCCAUCUUGAUGUUCCGGCCGCUGAUGUCGUCACUUCUCCUUCCACACGUGAUUCUGGAACCUUCCAAACACACACACACACACACACAAAGGCACACACACACUCCAACACACAGACACACACACAAACACACACACACACUCACCUGGGGCAUGGCUCAGAGGACACACCCACAGCGGACCACAGCCAAUCAGACGACACCAGUCAGAUGACACAAACACAAACACACACAGAAGCAGACACACACUCCAACACACAGACACACACACAAACAGAGGAAGACAAACCCUCCAACACAGAGACAAACACACACACACAAACAGAGACAGACACACGCACUAACACACACACUCAAACAGAAACAGAUAUGCACACCAACACACACACCAACACUCAGAUGGACAGUUCUCCACUGCCCACUCCCGCCUCUGUUCCCCCAGUGGACAGGACCAUGACCAGCACCCGGACCCCACACACACACACACACACACACACACCACGUCCGUCCAUUCACACACACACACCACACCCGGACACUCACACACAGACCCCCUCCACUCACACACUCUCUCUGCCCACACACACACUCUCCCCCUCCACACACACACUCUCCCCCUCCACACACACACUGUCGCCGCGACAACAGUCUGACACACACACGCCCAUGCCCCACCCCCUGGGCUCCACCGAGGCUCCUGAUUGGGCGCACCGAGGCCGUGUCUUUAUCGAGGAGGACCAACCGCCGCUGGUGAAAGAGGAGAACUUCCAGCUGCUACUGCAGGUGCUGAUGGAGGAGAAUUGUUCACGAGUGGAAGGAUCAACAGCAUGGAUGGAGCCCUUUCUGCAGAGGGUGUCAGGCUACCAGAAUCACCAUCUCAUCUGGAGCAGUGGUUGUGUUCUGCAGUCUGUCGUGGUGUUUGACACGGCUGCGGCUCUAUCUUGGAUGAGAGGGGCGGAGUCUCUUCUUCAGGAGGCGGGGCUAGCACAGGCCCUGGGGGAGGGCCUUACCGUACAGGGAGUCCACGUGAAGAACAUCACCGUCGGAGGUCUCCAGGCGAACGUGUGUGAUUGGUUGGUGGAGUGUAGGGCGGGGUUUGACUGCAUUCCUAUUGGGUGGAACUUCACCUGUCGCUCUGCCUGCCACGCCCACUUCUGCCACAAUCACGGAAUCUGCGUGCAUCACCGUGGGCAACAGCCUUCCUGCCGGUGUCCGGUUGGAGAUGAUUUCUGGUACAUGGGCCAGCGGUGUGACGUACGAAUGACUCGCCAAAGACUUGUGGGCGUGUGCUUUGCCGUAGUGGUUGCCAUAGCGAUAGCGAUGGGCCUCCUUUGCUACCUGGUGAUUCGCCGAUUCAAAACCCUCCUGAUCCAGGCCAAAGUGGACCAGACACGGAGCAGCUAUCGUAGGUUUAACCACUUUGAUGAGCUGUCGGCGCGCUAUUGGUCGCGCUCGCUGGCGGAGUCAUGUGACUCGCUGGAUAACCCCGCCUUCAGCCAAUCAGACGAGCUCCUACACCUCCGCGCUCGCCAGCGCACCUGCUGUUACCAUGACGACACACUCUCCGUCUGCUCCACCUGGCAGGGCAGUGCCAUCCAGCUCAACACCAUCUACGGUUCUCAGUAUGGAUGGGACGUGAGUAACUACAGCUUGGCGGAUGCCGUGGUGGAUUCUGGGAAGGCGAGUGACCUGUCCGUGUGCAGCUGGCCAAUCGAGCCCAUCCAGUGGACGCCCUUCCCCCUGCUACAGCAACUACACACACAGAACACGUUGAGGUCUUCUCGUCCACGCUCUUACUGUGAAGGAAUGGAGCUGGUGGAUCUGGAGAGGAGCUGGACGUCUUAACGAGGAGCAUCUUAACGAGGAGCGUCUUAACAAGGAGUGACUUAACGAGGAGAGUCUUAGCGAG